CCUGGACAGAGAACCAUCAGAUCAAAUUAGGCAUCGACCAUUAUUCCCUCCCCUUCCCCGCCGACGAACCGCGAUUGACAUCCGGCUCAACAGUCAAGACAAUCUCAUCAUUACAGCCUAGCCGAAGCGUCCACCGUCUCCUACCGCUUUUAACGGCGCCAAGUCGAUUUGCACAUUUGACCACUGCCAGGGUCCGGUCCGAGGCCAGGUUGAGCAGAUUCAACAUUGCCAUACAAACACUGGCCUCGCUGUUCCAAGCCGGAACCAGCCAAUAUACCUAGCUCAUUCAUCCACAGCGUUCUGUAGACCAUUUGAAUCGACGAAACCACAGACCACGCAAUCUUGGCCCUCGCACAAUCCGUUGGGGGUUUCCAAGCUAUCCGGCCUCAGCGCUCAAAACACCGUCGGCCCACGAUCAUCUUACCCAUCACGACGCCAACAUCACGACGCGAACACGAAAGCACGAUAGUAUACUGCGACGGCGAGCUUCUUGCUUAGACAUAAUCCAGCGACUCACAAUCCUACCGUACCCAUAGACUGACUGGUUAUCGACUCGGCUGCACGCUCACCGCACCGCACCCCGCGCCUGGCGUUCUCUCUCACCAUCGCCCUUCACAAUGAUGCAAAACCCGUAUCUAUAUGCUCACCACCAGCAGCACACCCCGCAGGGUGACUCUGCGUGGAUGCACCAGCAGACAACGCAUCACCAGCAUGCCCAGCAAGCCGCCGCCGCUGCCGCCGCAUCUGUCGCCCAGCAGCAUCAUUACAGCCGCAUCGCCUCAGCACACUCGGCAGCAAAUGCGGCCGGUCUGGUCUCGGCCGCUCACGCUGUCGGCCAAGAGGGUGGCAUGGACGCUGGGGUGUCCGAGGAUAAUCGCAGGACCCUGGCCUACAUCGCAGACCUGCUAAACGAAAACACCCGCGAGGCCGCGCUGCUCGAGCUCAGCAAGAAGCGCGAGCAGGUUCCCGAGCUAGCGCUUAUCCUGUGGCACUCGUUUGGUGUCAUGACUUCGCUGUUGCAGGAGAUCAUCUCAGUAUACACGCUACUUAACCCAUCCCAGCUUACCGCGGCGGCUUCCAACAGGGUCUGCAAUGCUCUGGCCUUGUUGCAAUGCGUCGCAUCCCACAAUGAGACUAGGACUCUCUUCCUGAACGCGCACAUUCCUCUUUACCUAUAUCCGUUCCUCAACACAACGUCAAAGUCAAGACCAUUCGAGUACCUGCGUCUUACUUCACUCGGUGUUAUCGGAGCACUCGUGAAGAAUGACUCUUCUGAAGUCAUCAACUUCCUUCUCACAACGGAGAUUAUCCCUCUCUGCCUGCGGAUUAUGGAGACUGGCUCGGAGCUUAGCAAGACCGUAGCCAUCUUUAUCGUCCAGAAGAUCUUGCUGGACGACAAUGGGCUCAACUACAUCUGCGCGACUUACGAACGCUUCUACGCUGUUGGCACUGUCCUAAGCAACAUGGUGGCUCAGCUCGUCGAGCAGCAAACGGCGCGCCUACUCAAGCACGUUGUCAGGUGUUUCCUGAGACUGAGUGAUAACGCCAGAGCCCGCGAAGCCCUCCGACAAUGCCUUCCAGACCCCCUCCGAGAUGCUACGUUCUCGUCGGUUUUGCGCGAUGACGCCGCUACGAAGCGCUGCCUCACCCAGCUUCUGAUCAACCUUGCCGACAACGGGGGCGAGCCAGGAACUGGACACCACGGUCUGUGAAGAAACGCAAACUGAUCAACGUCGAGCCCUCAAUAAUGGCAAUCGUUCAUUGUCAAAUCAUAAGCUCACGGGCGUUGAUUAUCCGGCACAUGAAAACUGGAACCAUCCACAUUCUUCGAGGCUUCGCCUCACAACACGAUACCGCAAUAAUGGCUAUAUCGACUUAACCGAUACCGAGAUCCAUGGCGGCCAAUGCAGUGCUCUCUACGGCACCACGCACAUAAGCAAACUUAUGAGAAAGAAAAAAAAAAGAGCAUACUCGGACGUUCCAGGCGUACUAGCAUUCUUUUCUGGGUUGCAUUGAGCUUUUCUUUUACCCAUACCCUUCCCUCUUGGCAUGACUUAUUUUCCACCCUCAUUACAGGCACGACUACACACGAUGAACGCGCCUUGUUUUAUUCAUAUCAUGUUGCUUUAUUCUGUGUGGCUUUAUAUCACUCACGUAUCCUGCAAGGCUCAAACAUUUUGUAAUGUGCUGUGCUUUUCGCGGCUAUUCUACUCUACUCGGAUCUGACAGAUCUAUACUACUUGUACGUCUUCACGGGUUAUACUGGGUCUUCACGUUUAUGAGUGGUGUACGGGCAAGUGGCUGUGACCUUGGGUUAAGUGAUCCUGGGACUGACCACGCGGUAAGCUCUGUGGUGCUCUGUCACUGUCUCUUCAUGUCUAUCUUGUAUUGCACUGCCUUCACUAUUCUCUGCAUAUCCCUAGUUGAGGAGGGGGGAAAGGUUGUUUAGAGGUUAUACCCUUGGUUGCGGUGGCUUUUUUUGUCAUUCACUUUAUCAUCGGCGUUGGACAAGAGCAAAAAAGAAAACUAAUGUCUGCUGUGCUAUGUGGGUGGGUGGCGAAUGUUCCUCACUCGGCCAGAAAGACGACUGGGGGUAGGGAUCACUAGUUCUUAUCCGUCCCAAAGUUCUGUUCUGGCACUUCUGUAUAACAAACAAAAAAACCCGAAGUGUAACUUUGCUUCUUCGACUUGUAGAUAAAUUAAACUAUAGUAACAUCAAUCAUGACGAUUCUAUAUCCUAUGCAGG